AUGUCAAACAAGCAAUCGAGUAGCUAUGACACUUCACCACAAAGCUUCUCCAGCUAUAGCAAUUUAAUAGAUUUGCUACCUUCAGUAUCUCAAGUUCCUUCAUGGACCUGUACACAAGAUCAACCAGAUAACACACCCAUUAAAAAGAAAGAUGAAAAAACACCAGGCAAGAAAAAAGAAGAAAAACCAAAGAAGCUAAAAAAAGGAACAAAACGAAAGUUUGAGAAUGUGGAAGAGGCAAUCCAUGAUCAAUUGACAAUGAAAAAUGUCAAGUUUUUGAAGGAGUUUUUGAAGAGUGAAUUUGGAGAGACAGGAGGUAAUCUUAGAAAAGAUGCUCUGGUAGCAAAAUUGGUAACUAGAAUUUGUUCUUCUGUUGAGGAAGAGACGGAUGAAAGAGAUGAGUCAUUCGAAGACAACAUCAAAAAAAAAGCCCUAUUAAUUGUUGAACGGAAUCAAGAAACAUACAAUGAAAGUCAAGCAAAGAAAGCAAAACUGGUAAACCUGGAGGAGACAGAAAAAAAGGAAAAUCCUGAUGAUAAAAUAGUAUUGAUAGGGUUUAAAAACAAAAGAAAAGUUGGUUAUGUUCAAAAAACAAGAGAAGAACAAAUUAAACUUGUUGAGAAGUAUAAAGAACAAUAUUCAACACCCGACCGUGGAUCACAACAGGAAUUUGCUAAACAAAAUAAUAUCUCACCUUCACAAUUUAGCAGAUAUUUAUCGGCAUGCAAGAGGAAUGAACUAACAUUAAAGGUUGAACGUGGUCACCCACCUCCAUUAUUAUUGAAAGACCAAAUUUUACAGGUUAUUGAUAUUACUCGUAAGGAACGGAGUGAGAAAAAACAAGUUAGUAAUAUAAGACUUGGAGAAAUAAUGAAGGAAGUUGCAGGAUUAAAGAAAACACCUUCAGUAGAUUAUAUUUCCAAAUUUUCCAAGAAGUUUCUUUAUAAAAGGAAGAUCAAAACAACAAUUACCAAGAGAGAAAGAAUUGAAACAGCUUAUGAGCAAUUAUAUAGAACCUACUAUUAUUAUUGCUUCUAUGCAGCAAUAAUGUUUAGAAAUUUAAAAUCCAUUGAUAGAAGUAAAAUUGUGGUUUUUGAUGAAACUGGAACAAAUACUAAGGCGACGGAAAGAACAAAUACUCCAAUCAAGGACGAUGAUGCAGUUGUUUUACAAUUGGCUGAUGAUAUUAAGGAUACUUUUUUAGUUGCUGUAACGGCAGAAGGAGGUGUAUUACCAGUGUCUAUUGUUGAGUCAGUGCCAGGAAAGAAAUCAACUAUUAAUGGUAAUAAGGUAACUGUUGAGGAAAAAAUUGCUGGUGUUCAUAUUGAACAUAUUGAGCAAUGGGUUGAAAAAGUUUAUAUUCCUAAUUCAAAAGAAGGAGACAUUUUAUUAUGGGAUAAUCUCUCUCAUCAUAAGUGUAAAUCAGUUCAAAAGAUUUUGAAACAACAUAAUAGAAUUAACAUUUUACUUCCUGUAGGUGGGCACCAUCAAUCACCAUUGGAUAAUAUGUGUUUCAGAUAUGCAAAAAGAGAAUUAGCUGAUUGGAAAAAGAAUAAUUCUAAUUCUGAUAGAAAAUCAAGAAAUGCAGCAUUUGAGCAGAUUAUUUCUAACAUGAAUCCAGAUGUGAUUGUAAAUAGUUUUAGAAAAUGUUUAAUGGAUAUUUGGAAUUAUGAUUCAGAAGAGGAAUACUUGAAGUAUGUCAGAGCUUCACUGAAAAUGAAUAAUGAUUUGUAUGAUUUAUAUAUCAGAGAAUUUAAUCCUAUGUGUAUUGGUCAAUUCUAUGUAGAACUACCUACACCAUCAGUUAAGGUAGAGACAGAUGAGAAAUUAGAUCAAGAUCCCAUCUUAGAUGAUGUAAACAAUCCUUGGAUUGAUAGUGAUUCCAUGAAAGAAAAUUUUGACCAAAAACAGGUAGAACAAAUAUCUAAAAUAAUACUUCACAUACAAAACAAAACAGAAUUUAACCAUAACAUCCAACAAAAUGCUGCCAAUCUACAAUUGUACGUUCUUUCAACAGAAACAAUUGCUUGUUCAAUCACUUUAUCUACUGAGGCAUUGGAGACUAUCAAAGAUGACACUGUAUUCUUACCUGGAAAUACUUUUGAUAUAUUUGGAAUUUGUUUUUCCAAAAUCAGCUCACAAUAUUUACAAUACAUACCGUCUGAUUUCUCUCAAAGAGUUACUAACCAAUCCAAAAAAUUCAUAGAAACAAACUUACCAAAGAGUAUGAAAUUUACAUCAAAAGGAUUUAUAAUUUUUCCUGUGGCAAGAUCAUUACACUGGUACUUACUAAUCUAUGAUUGUCAAUCCACUGAUUGGUUUCUUUUUGAUUCUUUCGCUAAGGAUUUUUCAGUGAUAGAAUCAGAGACUAGUGAAUUAUUUGAAAUGUUGCCAUCAUUUAUUGUAAAACCAAAGACUGUUCGAAAAACAUUACAAAAAAAAAUUCAAGUGGAUGGAAAUCAUUGUGGUGAUUAUUGUGUAUUACUAAUGGAUUUUCUUUCAGCAGGAUUUUCACUAUCUGAUGCCGUCGAUAUUAUGACCAAACCAUUUUCUAUUUCAAAUUACAGAGCUAUACUUGUUGCUAGAUUGAAACAUUUACAUGUAGUAGAAUUUGAACCACAAAGCCCACUUUCGGAAUCAGAAGGUUUUCAAUCUGAACCCAAGAAGAGCUCUAAAAUUGAGCUUGGCGAUUAUGACGAAGAAUUAGAUGAAUUAUUUAAUGAGUCAUGGGAGGAUUCAAUUUUCGGAAAGAAAAUUCAAUGA